UUGGUUAUUUCCCUGCACAGGUUUGCCUCUUCUUGCAUCAAGUUGGCCUUCUUUUGAAGCUUCAGGAGCCUUGAAAAGAGCCCUGCCCAGUCUCUCUUCUGAAGCCUUUCUUGCUCAACACAGUGUACUAUGGAAAUCUUCACAGCAUAUUGCAUUAUGGCAAAAAUACCAAAAUCUCAACCAUAGAGUGACUACAAAAACCACAGCUAGGUUUGCCUUGAAAAUUACAAUAACCUUUUUUAACUUAAAAAGAAAAACAGGCCCCUCUCUCUUCCUUUCUCCACCAUUGUAGUGUGUGUUUGGCUCCGCCUCUCUCCAUGUCUUCUCACAAGACUUUCAAGAUUAAGCAAUUCCUGGCCAAGAAACAAAAGCAAAAUCGUCCCAUUCCCCAGUGGAUUCGGAUGAAAACUGGUAAUAAAAUCAGGUACAACUCCAAGAGGAGACAUUGGAGAAGAACCAAGCUAGGUCUGUAAGGAAUUGAACAUGAGAUGGCACACGUAUUUAUGCUGUCUAAAGGUCACAAUCAUGUUACCAUAUCAAGCUGAAAAUGUCACCACUA